GUUGUGGUUGUGUUUAAUUUAAAAGAAUUCUAAAUGAUGACUUGACGUAAAUAUAUUUAUUAGAAAUAAUGUUUGAAGAUUGGAGUUAAACAUGGAAGGGUUUUAUGACAAGAGGUUCGGUUCCCCGACAAAGAUAGAGCGGGAUGCUCUGGAGCGGGAAAAGAAAACAUCGUUUGCUACUCUAAACCGUAGUAUGCCAGGAAUUAAUAUCACAUACUCAGGGGCACAGCAUGAAGGUGGUAAGCUGGGAAGACGGGGGAGUGGAGGGAAGGAAGGAACCCCGGUCAAAUCUAGAGGAUUUUCUCCAUCAGGCGUAGAACAUGAGGAUAUAGGUUUACAGCUGAAUACAGUUAAAUUAAAGUUAGAAGAAAGGAGACGAAAAAUAGAGGAGGAGAAGAGGAAGAUGGAGAUGUUGAUGUCGAAACAGAGAGAGAAAGUUGGACAGGAAGCAUUUCUCAGAGCUGUAUCCAAGGGUAUAAGAAGAGCAGGGGGUGGAACCGAUGUACCAGGGAACGCUAGGGACGAAAUUCUUGAGAUUGCAUCAAAGGUUGGUGAAGGGAUGGUUGACCGCAAAUCAGCAAGGGAGGGAGGGCGAACUGAUGAGGGUUUGAGGGAUGAAGGGCGAACUGAUGAGGGACUGAAAAGACCCUUUUCCUUAAAGUUGAGUGAGGAGUUAAACAAGUCCUCAGUUCAAACUCCCGAGGCUGAAGCCAUGGAUAUAUCCCGUAUGAGUGACUCCUUGUAUUCUUUACAGUCCGAUAUUCAACGUCUAGCUCUGCAGCAGACCCAGAUUCAGAACCUCAUGAAUACUGCAGCAGAGCCUAAGACCAUGAAUCCAAGCGGAGGAAACCAGCCACCAUUUUUCAUCAAUGAAUCCUCUACCCCACCUCCUUCCAACCACACCCCCUCUAAACCCUUCUUUAUUAACCAACCGGAGCAGGGGAGCGGGAACAAACCGUUUUAUAUUUCUCAAACCGCCAGUCCUCGCCGCACCUGGGGAGAACCGGCACCAAUAAAACUCCCGCCGGCGGUGGAGUAUCCGGCUCCGCAGUUUCAACCACCUCAGCCGCACCACCCUCAGCCCUAUAGUCAUAUGCAACCCCCUACCCAGCAACCCUAUGGUGCACCACCCCCAGGGUACAACCAGCCCUACCCCUAUCCUCCGCAACCCUACUGUGAUCAGUAUGGAAGACCGGUAGCAGUUCCCUACCCUGGUGGAGCGUAUCCUAGCUUUGCACCUGGAUAUACUCAACCCUAUCAGCCUUAUCCUACCUACCAUCAACCCCCAUACACGCCUCCAGAUGUUCAUCAUCCGCCGCAGAUUGACGAGGAGGCAAGAGGACGAUUAUCGUUAUCUAGAACAUCUAGUCUAAAAGGCACGACGCGGUACAGCUUAAACCAGAGCCUUCCAUUGCACUCUGACCAUCAAGAAUUAUCUGCUUUUAAUCGGUCCGCCCCUGACCGCGUGUUUUCUGCCCCCGAGCAGCGCGUUCUCCCUUCUCAAGAACGGGAUGAAACUGCGUCAGAACGAAUUCUUUCCACUCCGGGACGUGGCAUUUCUACUCCAGAGCGAGUGUUUUCUACUCCAGAACGUGCUUUAUCCACCCCGGAACGUGCUUCAUUGACUCCAGAACGUGCUGUCUUUACACCAGAACGUUUUCAACCAACUCAGCUGGCGGGAGUUCGUUCUGAACUAGAGCAUGAUCUUAAAGCGGACUUAAGGCGUGAAACUGAAUUAACACAGGUUGAAGAGAGAAGGAAACCUGCCACGGCAGAGAAACCAUCUUUAUCAGCUUCAUUUCUGGAACAGAAACGGAGGAACACGGAUCAUCUUGAAGCCAGACCAAAAUCCGCCAUAUUGGACCGGUCAGGCGCCAUAUUUUUUUCUCCAGCUCAGCUGAACUCACGGGAGCAAUCUCCUGUAACCAUGGGCCAGUCACCAGCUGCUAGGGGCUACUCACCAGGGGCUAGGGGGCAAUCCCCCGGGGUGAGGGGUGCGAUAUUUUUUGAUAAACAUGAGGAGCCAGGAGAUGAGGAUUUAGAUAACACUGAUAAGGGAGUUGAACAAGCAGCUGAAGAUCUGACUGGAAGAUCACCAGUACUUCCCAUAGAACCAGAGAUGACUGCUUCUACCCUUGAAACAUUGAACAAGAUGAAAACUGAAACUAUAGGUGAUACAACAGAUAAUGCAAAAGGAUUCCUUAUAUCAUUCGAUAACUCGGCGGUGAAACCGAAACCAAUUCUUAAACCAAGAAAAUCUGUCAAAAAAGACGAAAGUCCGGUAGUUGAGCUUAAUAACCCCGGCAAACAAGGUUCUGUCACCAGUGAUAAAAUGGAACGCAACAUGGACGACAUAUCAACUAAAAUGGCGGAUUACUCACCGAGAGGAGUAAUUUUAAAAUGUCGUCUUUGCGAGGAAUCUGAGUCAAAUGAUCCCACGCUUCAACUCUGUUGGUCUUGUAUUCAACUAAUUAAAAGAAAUUCCAGAUCUCCAGUUUGUUCUCGGGACAGUAGCUGUCCUUCUACCUGUGACAGCUGUCUGCUUGAGAAAGGUCGACAGCUGGAGCUGAUACAGAAGGUCGAAGUUGUCGAUAUUCCCGUCGUGGAGUCGGAAGAAGCUCGACAAGCGGCGGAAGAGAGUCGGUUGAAAAGAGAAGACGAAGCCAGGAAGAGAAGAGAAGAAGAAGAGACUAAGAAGGAAGAAACGGCUAAGAGGAAGGAAGAGGAAAGGAGACGCAGAGAAGAAAUUCUUGAGCAGCAUAAAAUAAAAAAGGAAUUGGAGAAGGAUGAGGCGGCUGGGUUGGGUGGAGGAGGUGCUGGGUGUCCGAGUUCUUACAAUAAAUUUGCUCCCAAACUCAGACCUAGAUCUGCGGGGGCGGGUAAACCUCGGCCUAAAACUAUCCAUGUUGAUACUGAGGAGCUGGUGCCUAGCAGAACAGGGUUGCGGGGGUCACAAUCAAAUCUUAAUAUGAGCUCCGUCAAUAGAAAUAGGUACCACGGUUCCUUGCGACGUGGGAGUAAUGUUUCUCUUCAUGAUGAUGAUGUUUAUGCCGGUUCCCUCCGAGGUCUAGGACAUAUGGGAAGAAGUAAAUCCUCAAGUGUUAGUAAUCUAGGGCCAGGCUCCUUGCCUUUAGGAAUAAGGCACUCGAGGGGAGGACGGGAGUUCGAUGACGGUGCUUCAGAUAUAUCAUUAUCGAGCACCACAUCAGGGUACAGAUCUGGCAGAGUGUCUGCUCGAUUGUUCCGUGAGCCCGUGAGUAAAUCUAAUCGACCGAUUAUCAUGAACGCGGUGGAGUACGUUGUCUUCCCUGGAGCAGUUAAUAAAGAAUUAAGGAUGAGAGUACUAGAAGAGAUAGAACGCUGUGAUUGUCCUCAUUUUCUCAUUCUCUUUAGAGACAGUCGACUCCAGUUCAGGGGGCUUUAUGCUUUCUAUCCAGAUACUGAAGAGGUGUUUAAAAUCUACGGAACUGGUCCUAAGCAGAUAAAUGAUAAUAUGAUGGAGCUCUACUAUAAAUACAACUCAGGGGGGAAGAAAUUUACUCAGAUUCAUACGAAGCACUUAACCGUAACCAUUGACGGGUUCACAAUUCAUAAUAGUCUGUGGAUGGGGAAGAAAACCAAACUACCCGAUAAAAAGGACCUCGCCCUGGUUUUGUAAACUACUCGAUAAUUAGAAUAAUUAUAGUUAAACAAGAUAUCCAAUACUAGAUGCUUAUAUCUGAACAAUAUUAAGACAAAUUCUGUGUUUCCAAAUUUUAGAAAUUUUAACUUAACUUAGACAUUUAACGAUAUUUUAUCUAUAUUAUCUUUUUAAUUGUUCUGCCUGCUUUUAUCAUCUAAGGAAAAUGUAAAAGAUGAAAGUCAUUUUGUGCUGUCCCUUUAAGGGAAAAUGGGUUUAAAAACAACUUUAUAUCCCUGGAGUAAACCCCUGUAAAAUGUAUCAUGUCUGCAUUUCAGAGCUUUUAGUAACUUUAGUCGUAUUGUCCUUGUUUGCCAUAUUACGUAACAUUUUUCGCCAUUUUAUGUAAUUUUAUGUUUUUGCGGAUUUAUUUCUCUCGUCUUGGUGCAUUUAUAUACUCAGUCCUCAGGAGAAAAACCAAAGUAUUUAUGUGUUUCGUUAAAAUUCUAGUCUAGUUCAUUUCAAUAAGUACAUUUUCAACAUUAAGGUAACUUCAAGCUUAUCUCACCCUGAACCAAAUGUUUGCCUAACUCUGCCAAAAUUGUCAAACCCCGAAGAUCUCCGAUACCCCCAUGCAAAGCCAUAAUUUAUAUAUAUACUCCAUAGUGUAUAAACAACAUGUGAUAAUCUUCACUGUUUGAAAUUUAUCAAGAAAUUUUGAUUAAUUCUGAUCAUCAUUUAAGCAUUUCUUAAAUCAAAAAUGUUUCAGAAA